AGAUUUCGAGAUAUUCAUUGAAAACUGGUCAAUACCCAAAAUCGACUUGAACCGUUUGACCACUUCGCUACUGAGUUGGUGCAGGGGACUUUACCGGAUGAACGGAUCCGGAAGUUUACGCAUUUUCUCAAGUUAUGGGUAUAUUGAGGUUCUUCUGCCAGGAAAAUAGGGUGACACUGAUCUUGUGGAAAAUGGAACUUUGUAAAAUAUAAUUAAACGUUUUUUGAUCUCGACAACGUCUUACGAAAAAUUGUUUUCUUCCGAUAAUUUGAUUGCACCGAUUGCUGUGAUAACUCUCCGCCUUCAAAAUAUGUGUGAAAUUUUUUUUUUCGAUUUGUGACAAAUCGAUUUUAAACUCAUCUUCUGUUCAAAAUGAACGUAUUUAUUCUUCUCUCAGUGCGGCGCCGAUCGCAUUAUCAAUUCUCGACUUAAUAAUAAAAAUAAACCUCAUUAAUUUGAAGAAACUCCAAACUUCACCAUUUCCCAUAUAUUUAUCGAUCCUUGCCCUCUCAGUUCCGCUCCUUUCCCAUCCGGGAUGACGUGAUGUCCGCGAAGCGUUUCGGGUGCGUGUUCUACCUGUCAGACCUGACAACCGAUCCAAGUUUUCGUGUUAUUUCACCCCUUUCUCUACUGCUCGGAAAUAAAAGUUCUAGCAUAAUGACAAGCAAUUUUUUUGUCAAAUCCAAACUUUUUCUAGGAAGUCAUUAUUUUUGCUAUUCCCUGCACAACGGGUGCAUAAGUUAUCUGUCUCACGUGGAAGGGGAGUUGUAGAGUGGGGUUGGAUCGACCUAGGAGUAUUCAGGAGGCUGGCAACGGCCGCUUAGUUCCAUAAAAAUAUCCGGAGGAAAAAGCUGAGACGUGUGGAAGUCCUUGCAAAAUGGAAUUCUGGGAUCAGUAUUACUUUCGGUGCAUGAAGUUUAUGUCCUACACGCUAGGUGUGUGGCCCUAUCAGACGAACAAAGAAGCUUUCCUCUAUCGCUGUUUGGCUGCGGCAGGCUUUUUCGGUACAGUUACACCCCAGCUCCUGGCACUCAAGAACUACAUCGAUGAUAUGCCUCUCGUUAUAGAGUCGAUCAGUGUUUUUUUAAUUGAUCUGACAUUCGUUUGUGACGCUUUUACCUAUCUUUUGAAUUGGGAUAAGAUGAGAGCGAUUUUGGACAAAUUGAGAGAAAAUUGGGACACAUUUCCAGAAAAAAAUGGCCGAGAGGUGCUUCACAAGUAUUCUGUGCAAGGGCAAAUGUUGGCCGCUAUAUAUUCAGCUGGUUGCUUAACGACUGGCUUAGUUUUCACCUCGAAAUCCUUACAACUGAAGAUGUUGUACAAACUCUUGAAUGUGAAUGCUACUAUCCCACAAUUUUAUAUGCCGCUGGAAUAUCCCAUGAUCGACGUUGAAAAAUACUACUACGUUAUCGCAGUCACCAUUGCAAUAUCCAUCGUCAUCCUGAUAAUGAUGAUAAUCUCCUACGAUUUGUUCUUCUUCCUCUGCGCUCAGCAUGUUUGCGGAUUGUUCGCUGCGGCAGGAUGUUACAUUGGACAAACGCCAGAGAACGAGAACGCAUACAAUCACCUCAGGACGUUUAUCCAAAUACACAAUCGCGCGAUUGAAUUCACAAAACUACUGGAUAGCACCUUUCUGUGGAACAAUAUGGUUCUACUGGGAGUUUCAGCCAUAAAUAUUAGCAUAAUUGGCCUGCAGAUGGCGCGCCAUUUGGAUAGAAUUGGAGAAAGUGUACAAUAUGGCCUUUACGUCUUCACAGUAUUAUCACGUUUCUUCGUCAUAUGUUUCUUCGCUCAAAGAGUAAUGGAUCACAGUCGCAGUAUUCAGACCAGCUUGGCAAAUCUCCAGUGGUAUAAUAUACCCACGAAAUCGCAACUUCUGAUACAACUUGCGAUACUCAGAAGUCAAACAUCGAGUACACUGGGGGCGGGAAAGACGCUGGUUCUCUCCUUGGAAUUAUUUGUUACAGCCACGAAAACUUCAGCGUCGUACUUUACAGUCCUUCUAGCCAUGCAAUAGACUGACGUUCACUACGGC